AGUCGAGGCUGGGAGAGGGUCGUGAGCGCUGCCGCCGGGAGGAACUCUGGAAAAAACCUCUCCGCUCACCUACUCAGCCUAGCCCGGUUGAUCAACACUCAUUGGCUAGUUCCCCCCCCCAUCUUUUUUUUGUUUGCCCGGCUCCUGUCUUGGUGGACCGUUCCCGUGCCUCUGGCUUGGCCACGGCUCUCCGCUUCUCUGUAGCUGAACGGAGGCACGCGUUGACACUCUGAGCACCAGCCGCCUGGGGGUUUUCUGACAUGAAUAGCGGCUGCUUUUGCUGGUUUUUAAUGCUGGAUGCUUCUUCUGAGGAUCAGCUGGAGCGAAUCGGAGCCCGGGACAUGAGGAGCACCUCUGAAGCCAGAGCAGAGGAUCAUAACGGAUGCUUCAGCGGAGACGUAGAGGAAGCGUGAGCAGGAGAGUAACAAGAGAAGUAGCUUCUCCUGUCAGCGGAAUUGAAAAGGAAAACAACUUAUCCCUCUUUUUCAGAGGAGCACGCAAGAGGAGCUUGCUUGCUUUUUUAUUUAAUUCUCUUUUUUUCUGAGGAGGAGAAGGAGGAUUGUUUGGAUUCAAAUGACUAGUAAGGGAUAGAACGUGGAGAUCUUUCACUUUGUCCAGUUUGCUUGCCUUGUUGUGUAGUGUCAUUGGCUUUGGCCGGUAGAACAGCUGUGCCCUGCCCCACUUACACAGGGGGGCACAAGGGGUUUAAUCACCCCUCUAACUUUCUGCUCUCUGCAUCCUCACACAGAGCUUGCGGGGAGCGCUACUUCUAGUCAGAUUGAGGGAAGGGUCCGGUGUUUAUAAGAAAGCUGAGGGGUUGUGCUGUAGAAGCUUAACCCUCAUGCUCUUCAGGGCAUAUGGUCGAUCCGCCUGAAGACAGUUGCUGACUAUCUGUUGGCUAAUUACUCCGAAACAGUACGGGGGCAGGGCUCCAUUUCUGCCUGCCGCUCUUUUGAGCAGGGGUCCUCAGCUUUGAGGAGGAUCUGUCUUUGUGUUUCUUAGUGUCUUUCAGAGAGUUUGAGUGAGUGUAUAUGGAGUAGAGGCAGACAGUUCCAGCUACAGUGCGUGAGCACUUGCUGAAUGUCCAGUGCUGAAGAAUGUCCAGCUCCAGCAGCAGCAGUGGCUAGUUCUAACACAUGGCACACGCAGCUAAGCCUGGCACCACCACAUUGCCUUCAGCCGUAGGCAGGUGGCACAGCAUCUGAGGGCACUGACAAGUGAGAAAGACAGAGAGAGAAAGAGAGAGAGGGGUCCAGGAAGGAAUACAUGUUAGCCUAUUUAUUUUCUCUGUUGAUAAAGGUGAAUAAAAAACCCUGGAAGCUAAAAGCAUUUGUUUACCAUACUGUGGAGUCUUUUCUGUGGAUUUAAAGCCCAAAGUGCAGCUGGAGUGUUUGCACUGAUCCGCUCUUUUUGCCCUGCGUGGGCAGGGGCCAGGGAGUCCAGCAGUGCCAUUCAUGCACAUACGCACAGAAAUACACACCAUCCUGUCACAAUCCUUCUACCACUGUGUUUGGAGCGAGAUGGAAGGCUUUGUAAAAGGUGGGGGGCAGUAGGAGCAGGACCAAGGGACACCCACUUCUUUCUGCUUCUGGAUGUUAUUCAGGACCAAAAAUGUGUUGCCUGGAGACCUUUUUGUGCUUUCCGGCAUAUUUUUCUCAAAGGAACCGUGCUCAGAUUUCUCCCAUCGACGCUGAAAUCUCCAGCCCCUGGUUAAGAUUUUGAUUCAAAGCCCUUUUCUUCUUGGGAGUUUUCUACCUUCUGGGUGAAGUACAACCGGCCUUGUGGCGUACUUGGGGGGAAGCGCGGACUGGAGUAUGACCAGCUGCCACUACCCCACACCGCCCCCUGAGCGGGACCGCAUGUACCAGCACAAGGUCUCGCUGGUGGUGCGCUACUUUAUGAUCCCCUGCAACAUCUGCCUUAUACUUCUUGCCACGUCCACGCUGGGCUUCGCGGUGCUCCUGUUUCUCAACAACUACAAACCUGGCCACAUCACGCAUGCUGUACCUCCUCCUGAUGGCUGUCGAGGGAAGCUGUGUGGUUUUGGCGCUGUGUGUGAGAGAGACUCUGCAGACCCAUCGAAAGGAGACUGUGUGUGUAAGAAGGUGACAUGUCCGUCCGUGGUGGCACCUGUUUGUGGUUCAGACUCCUCCACCUACACCAAUGAGUGUGAGCUGGAGAAGGCACAGUGCAGCAUGCAGAGGCGCAUCAAGGUGAUGCGCAAGGGACCAUGUGCCCUGAAAGACCCAUGCAGUGAUGUGACCUGUAGCUACGGCAGCACCUGCAUCCAGUCGUCUGACGGCUUGUCUGCUAAGUGCAUGUGUCCUCUGAGCUGCGAGCGGGUGCCCAAGCAGGUUGUCUGCGGCAGCGACGGCCUGGACUACCCCAGCGAGUGUGAGCUCAACAUGAAGGCCUGCUCCACCCAGAAGAACAUCCGUGUCCAGCACACCGGCUCCUGUGAUCCAUGCCGUGACUUCCAGAGCAGUCUUAACGCUAUAUGUGUGGUGAACGCACAGAGCCGUAAGAUGGAGACAUCAGCUCCGCCUGACUCCUGCCAGCCAGGGGCUGAGCUUCUCUGUGCCAGUGAUGGCAAGAGCUACAGCAGCGAGUGCCAGAUGCAGAGCACGGCCCUUUCGAAAGAGCGCCACCUCAAGAAGGUCCACUCGGGACCCUGCAAGAAGCAAGAGGAGUGCCAGGAAGAGUGCAAGUUCAGCUCGGUGUGUUUGUUGGAGCAUGGAAAGCCACGCUGCUCCUGCGAGCCGAUCCAAUGCGAUGGUACCUACAAGCCCCUGUGCGGCAAGGACGGCCACACGUACCCCAACGAUUGCGAGAGGAAGAACGCAGAGUGCACGACACAAAUGCACAUCCCUGUCAAACAGCAAGGGCCAUGCGAUCUGAACGCGCCCAGCCCAUGCCUGAAGAAAACGUGUGAGUUCGGGGGCACGUGUGUGGUGAAGAAUGGAGAGGCGGUGUGUGAGUGCCCGGACGCGUGCUCCCAGGCCCAGGAUCCUGUGUGUGGCAACGAUGGACACACCUACAACAGCCAGUGCCACAUGAGGGCCAUGGGCUGCGCCCUGCAGAAGAACAUCAACAUCAGCCACAAAGGACCCUGCGAUAAGGCCUGCGCUAACUGCUCAUUUGGCGCUAUCUGCGAUGCGCAGACAGGCCGCUGCGUUUGCCCCACCGAGUGUGUGGGCUCGCGGCAGCCCGUGUGCGGCAGCGACGGCACCACCUACGCCAAUGAGUGUGAGCUCAACGUGAGGGCCUGCACUAAAAAGCUGGAGCUACGAGUGGUGGCCCGUGGAGAUUGCAAGACCUGUGGCGGCGCUGUGUGCAGCUGGGGUGCCCGCUGUGUUCAGAAUAAGUGUGAAUGCCCUCGGUGUGAGGCUGAGCGCCUUAAGCCUGUGUGUGGCACGGACGGCAAAACCUAUGACAACCAGUGUGAACUGCGCCAGGCCUCAUGCAUGAACAAGAAGAACAUAGAGGUGUUCAAGCCUGGCAUGUGUGAUGAAGAGUGUGGUUCUGGAGGCUCGGGAUCCGGAGUGGAGUCGUGCGAAGAGCAACGCUGUAAGAAGUACGGAGGAUUAUGGGACGAGGACACAGAGGAUGAACGCUGUGUGUGUGACUUCACCUGCCCGAACGUAUCUCGCUCCCAGGUGUGCGGCUCAGACGGGAACAAUUACACCAGUGAGUGUGAGGUAAGGAAGACCCGGUGUGAGAACAUGGUGGACCUGAUGAUGCAGAGCCCAGGCCCCUGUGCAGAUACUACAACUGUCAAUCCUUCCCCUGAGCCAAUCAACCUGCACUGCAGUGAGACUGUGUAUGGAUGCUGUAAAGACAACAAGACCGCUGCCCUCGGUGUGGAAUUGGCAGGAUGUCCUAGCAAGUGUCACUGCAACCACUACGGCUCAUAUGGGGGAACGUGUGACCCUACAACUGGACAGUGCUCCUGCAAGCCAGGCGUUGGAGGUCUGAAGUGUGACCGCUGUGAGCCAGGCUUCUGGAACUUCCGUGGCAUUGUUACAGAGAACACAAGCGGCUGCACACCGUGUAACUGUGAUGCAGUAGGUUCUGUGAGAGAUGACUGUGAGCAGAUGACGGGGUUGUGCUCCUGUAAAACCGGAGUGAAGGGCAUGAAGUGUGACGUCUGUCCCGAUGGCAGCAAGAUGGCCGCUAACGGCUGUGAUAAAGGUCCCCAAGCACCCAUGUCCUGCACUGAACUGCAGUGCUUCUAUGGAGCCUCGUGCGUCGAGGUGAACGGACAGGCUCACUGUGAGUGCCCAUCGCCAGACUGUGACCAGGAGAACAAGAAUAAGGUGUGUGGCUCUGAUGGUGUGACAUACGCUGACCAGUGCCAGCUGAGGACUAUUGCCUGUCGACAGGACAAGGAAAUUACUGUGAAGCACUUAGGCCAGUGCACAGAAUCCAUCUCAGAGCCUGUGGUCAAGCCCACCACCCUCCCGAUCACUCCACGCGCCACCCCUCCCACUGCACACGUCAAGGUCACCUCUCCACGCCAUGGCCUCACCACCACCUCAUCCGACUACGAGGAGGAUUAUGAAGAAAACAUCGUGGUGCAAUCUGAGAUCGAGAAAUUCCACACGUCUUUCACCCACAGCUUCACCAUACCACACUAUACACCCCGCACCCCACCCCCCACCUCCAGCCUUGGCUUCGAGGAUUCAGGCAGUGGGGAGCCCAGUGGGGACGACGACCUGGAAGGUAGCGGAAUGGAGGCAAGCGGAGACGAGCCAGUCGGUCCCACUGUAGCAGCCACCACUGUCCCCACAGGUGAGGACCGCUCUUCCUGCGACAACACACCUUUCGGCUGUUGUCCUGAUGGCAAGACCACCGCCCUCAGCCCCGAUGGCACCAACUGCCCUUCUACCAUGCGUUUUAAUGGCCUCCUGCACCUGGACCAGGUGGAGGGACAGGAGGUCUUCUACACCCCAGAGAUGGACGAUCCCAAGUCUGAGUUGUUCGGGGAGACAGCUCGCAGCAUCGAGAGCGCUCUGAAUGAGCUGUUCCGGAAAUCUGAUGUGCACAAGGACUUCCAGAGUGUCCGGGUUAAGAAUCUGGCCCCCAGCAACUCCAUCAUGGCCAUUAUAGAGGCCCACUUUGACCCAGACACCAGGUUUACAGUGGAGGAUAUUAAGGCAUCAUUGCUGGAACAGCUGAAGACGGCUAAAGGGACCAGCAUAGUAGUGAAGCAACCCGAGGAGGAAUAUGUCAGUUUCUCCAAAUAUGGUCUUUCUAUUCCAUCCUUCACCACAACUGCCACCACAGUGGCCACCGUCACCACCCCCACCACCACCACUGCUGCUGCCACAAUGCCACCUACAACAACUCCCAUCACCACGCACCGGCCAGCCACCACCAGACGGCCUUUCACCAUCCGCAGGACCACCACAGCUGCUCCAGUAACCAGCACACCCACCCAGCAACACACCACUUCCACCUUGCCCCUCAGGAUCAGGCCCAUACCCCAGCACACCAAGCUCUCAGGACCAUGUGACUCACAACCCUGCGGCCACGGAGGCACCUGUGAGGAGGACGGCAACGAAUUCACCUGCACCUGCCCUGCAGGAAGAGGCGGAGCAGUGUGUGAAAAAUUGAUAAAGUAUUACAUCCCAUCCUUCGGAGGGAAAUCUUACCUGGCCUUUCCAACCAUGAGAGGCUACCACACUGUGCGAAUUGCCAUGGAGUUCAGGGCCUCAGACACGUCGGGUAUACUCCUCUACAACAGCCAGAACGGCAAGAAGGACUUCCUCUCUUUGGCUUUAGUAGGAGGAAAAGUAGAGCUCAGGUUUGACACAGGUUCUGGCAUAUGCUCAGUGGUAAGCAAGAUCCACAUAAAACCUGGUCAGUGGCAUCACUUGGUGGUGAACCGUAACAGGCGCAAUGCCGCGCUGAGCGUAGAUAAUGAAACGCCCGUGGAGGGCCAGAGUCCUGCAGGUACUGACGGACUCAACCUGGAGACCCCGCUCUUCGUUGGUGGCGUUCCUGAAGACAUGGUUCAGGAUGUGAAGGAGAGGACCUCAGUCUCUACUGGUCUGGUAGGCUGUAUCCGCCUGCUGGAUGUCAACAACAUGGUGUACAACCUGCAAGAGAACGGUGGCAAUGUGCUGUACGGCACAGCUGUCGGUGAGUGCGGCAACAACCCGUGUUCACCCAACCCCUGCAAAAACGGAGCCUCUUGCCACGUCAAAGGAGCCGAGAUGUUCCACUGCAAGUGUGUAGAUGGUUUCUCUGGUCCCACCUGCGCAGACGCCCACAACCCAUGUGAGCCGAACCCAUGUCACCCCUCAUCCCAGUGCCAUAUUCUUCCAGAGGGAGGCUACAAAUGCGAGUGCCCCAUGGGCCGCGAAGGCAAACACUGCAGGAAAGUAUCAGACAAGAAGGGAGCCUAUAUUCCAUACUUCAAUGGAGAAUCCUACCUAGAAUUAAAGGGCCUGCAUUUAUAUAACCAUGAUCUUAGGCAGAAGGUCAGCAUGACUGUAGUACUGCUGGCGAAUGACUCAAACGGCAUGAUCUUCUACAACGGUCAGAAGACAGAUGGGAAAGGAGAUUUCAUCUCUCUCGCUCUGAAUGAUGGCAUUCUGGAAUUUAGAUAUGAUCUGGGCAAGGGACCAGCUGUCAUUAGGAGCAAAGAAAAGAUCAAGCUGAAUGUGUGGAACACGGUGAACCUGGAGCGAGCCCAGCGUAAGGGAGAAAUCAACGUUAAUGGCAAAGACCCGGUCAGAGGAGAGUCUCCGAAAUCACGCAAGAACCAGCAUAAUGAUCUCAACCUGAAGGAGUCCCUGUAUCUGGGCGGAGCUCCAGACUUCCGUAAGGUGGCUAGAGCAGCGUCUCUUAAAAAUGGCUUUAAGGGGGCCAUUCAGAAGAUCACUGUGAUGGGCACACCAAUCCUGAAGUCUGAAAAUGCACUUCACUCCAGCGAUGUGUCCAUGUACACCCACCACCCCUGCUCUACAGAUGUGUGUGAGAACGGCGGUGAAUGCAUCCCGCUUCUCGACAACUACGAGUGUGUGUGUCCGUACGGCUUCACGGGAACACACUGCCAGCACACUACCUAUGAAAAGGCCGCCGGGGAGUCGGAGGCCAUUGCUUUUGAUGGGCGAACAUUCAUUGAAUAUCACAACGGCGUCACCAAGAGCCAACUGACCAAUGAGAUUCCUGACCCCGAGUCCCUGGAGAACCCAUCUGACCAGAGCGAGAAGGCCUUGCUGGUGAACAAAUUUGAGCUGAGCAUCAAAACAGAGGCCACUCAUGGUUUGAUCCUCUGGAGUGGAAAAGGCAUGGAGCGCUCUGACUACAUCGCACUAGCCAUCGUGGACGGCCGCAUCCAGAUGACCUACGACCUCGGCUCCAAGCCUGUAGUCUUGCGUUCCUCCGUGCGAGUCAACACCAAUCACUGGAUUCGCAUCAAAGCCAGCAGAGCUUUGAGGGACGGCUCUCUGCAGGUUGGUAAUGAGGCUGCUGUCACUGGCUCCUCACCUCUGGCUGCCACUCAGCUGGACACAGACGGUGCCCUUUGGCUGGGUGGUCUUGAGGAGCUGUCCGUAGCCCGCCGGCUGCCCAAGGCCUACAGCACGGGUUUCGUAGGCUGCGUGAAAGACGUGAUAGUGGACGGGGUGGACCUGCAUCUAGUGGAAGACGCCUUAAACAGCCCCAAAAUAUUACACUGUUCAGCCAAAUAGCCUGGCACCACCUCCCUCCCUACGCCAUGUCUACUGCUGUAAUUAUUUUCUAUUUUUGUAUACUUUUCAUCGCUUUUUAUAUUGGGGGAAAAAAUUACGUUUUCUUUUUUUUUUUCGUUAUAUAUAUAUUUUCUGUUUUAAUUUUAUCUGCACCUCCAUCCAUAGUCUUUUUUUCAAAUUGCAGUCAUACAUGGUGUUGCAAAGACAAAGCAAAAACAUGUAUUAUGUUUUGUGGUGUUGCCUCCACAGCACCAAAAAAAUAGAAUUUUAUAUAUAUAUAUAUAUAUAUAUAUAUAUAUAUAUAUGAAUAUAUAAAACAUUACCUUGCUCAUUACUUGAAAUGGCAAAUAAGGUUGGUGCUGUUUGUCCUCUCUUGAUUGCCUUCUCUCGGUGCCAUAAUUCCUAACGUUGUAGUGCAGCCACCACAUACAUUCCAUUGAGCCGCUGCUGCAGUUCAUGCCUGUUUGCUUUCAACGGCUUUCUACGAACAAAAGCAUCUGCUUGAUUUCUGAUGGACUGUCACUGUUAACUGUGCUGAGCAAAAUGUACGAGUCACGCCACUAACAGGGGCUAAGCCCCGCCAACGUUAACGCCGCGUUUCAAGCUCCUCGCUAACCACUGAGCUUCUAGUCAACUGAUCAGCAUCCACAAAAGACAUAAUUACAUAUCAUAAAUUUUUGAACUGUCAUGAACUGACCUGUGAGAUGUAAUUAUUAGCUAGUACUGAAACACAUGAGACUGUGAAUAUCGAGGGGAAAACUCUCUUUUCUGUUGCAAAAUUGUCCGUCUCAUGUGUCGUGCACCAUAUCUAAUCAACAGUGACUUUACAAAAUGACCACUUGCUGCAUGCAACUUUUUAAAUGUCCUGUUUUUUUUUCUGUUUUUUUUUUUUCUUUUUUCCUUGUUUUCUCUGUGGUCUUACUUAUUCCGUUCAGGGCGAAAUAAAAGAGUUCAGGUGGGCUGCAAUGAAAUAUUCAAAUGUAAAUGUUUCUUCUUCUGAUUUGAGAUUUGAUUCUGUUUUCUGAGUUGGAAGAAAUGAUGAACUUGCUUUUAUAUUUGUUGUUUGUCUUGUGUUGGACUUUGAAAACGCUGAGAAGACACAGUGGUUGUUACAAUGUUUGCCAUGGGGAGGCACUGUAGCACAAGGAGAGGUGGCGAGAACCAGGGCCAGAGCAGCAGAAGAUGUCAGAUGGAAGCAAGAACACUGAAAUGUGAGGAGUUUUUCAGUCCCCUGAUAAACUCCUGAAACGGUGAACGUUCACAGGACAACACAGUUUUGUUUGAAUGAGAAUGUUGCUUUAAAACAAUACUGUCGGCACUUGCUUCAGGGGAAAAAAAGGGAUGAUGUGUGGACGACCCUUGCAUUUAAUGACUGUGGCUCUUAAGCAGCGGAUAGAAUAAGCAAACGUAUCAAUAACAAUAACAGAAAUGAAAUAAUAAUGCAUGGGUUUGGUAUUUGGAAAUGAUUUUUGUAACAUGUUUGAAGACAAAUGUGAUGCAAUCGUUUGUACUGCUGACCCAAACAUUGUAAGAAAUGCCUAGUUUCAAUACGAGUUCAAAACUAAGUUGCGAUAAUCUAAGACAAAGUAUGCCUGUUUAUAGUAUCAUGUUAUCUUUUUGUGAGAAAAAAAUCUUUAUAUUGCUUUGUUUCUUUUUCCUUUUUUUCUUUUUUUUCUUAAACGAUAACAACCAAGACUAUUAUGUACAGCCCUGCGAUUAUCAAGUGUAAAUGAAUCAUGUGCAUCUGUGGACCUUUUGUUUUAGUAUUAUACACUGGAAGUCUAAUUUGUCUCUUCACAACACGUAUUCUGUUCCUAUGUCUUUGGUCGGGGGGCACAAGCAGUAAAAGAACUGCAAUGAGAGGGAUUUCUAUCUUUCCAAAGCAAAACCCUCCAUUUCUGCAUUAGCCACUGAACAUCCACACACUGCAGUCUACUGCCCACUUUACUUUUCCAUACAUUUUGUUUUGUUUUAUUUUGUUUUGUUGUUUUUUUUAUAGCUGUUACUGGUUCUUUUUCAACGUUUCAACGUCAUCCAAUGGCCGUGAAUCAAAAGGGACCCCCCCUGCAUGCUUGGAGGGUGCUGAAAGGACAAAGUGCUGGACUCAUGAGGAGGACCAGGCAGAUGACAAGAACAACCGAACAAAAAUCCACUGUCUGGACAGAAACGGUCUGAGAAAUGCCUUAAAUAUUCAUACCGUUCUGUGCUCUCACUUUAGCCAGUGUAUUAGCCACAUCCCCGUCAUGUAAGUUUAAUACAUCCAUGUUAAUAAUUGUAUUAAUAUGAGAAUAUUCCAGAAUGCCUCAAAAAUAGCUGUUCUGGGCUCUACAAAUAUAAUAUUUACUGUAUAAAUACUAUUUUCAAUAUCUUAUUUAUGUCUUCGAAUGGAUUCCCAUACUGGCCUUUGUAAACUACUGUUUUGAUUGAACUAUACCUGAAGGGCAGUGCUCAGAAUGAGAGUGGCAUGAUGUUACCAUUACUAACUUUAUUACUUGUGUCUUGUGUUCCUACCACCAUGAAAUAAAGUGUAAAACAACAUCUGA